AUGCGGAUUGCGGAGGAAAAAGCAUCGAGACGGCUGGAAAUGGUCAGUUGUCCCACGCCAAGAACGCGGCUGUUAACAGACCUUCCGAAAGAGACGAUAAUAGAAAUCUUGCUGAGGUUUCCGGCAAGGACGCUUGUUUCCUUAAGGAGCGUGUGCAGUUCAUGGAGAAACCUAAUCUCCUCCCCCGACUUCACCUGCAACCACCUUCGUCGUUCAUGCUUACUUGAUCCAACUUUGAAUACGCCACAAAUUGCUUAUUUCACUGGGGCCUACAGAAAUGACAUCAGAUGCGGCAGUAUCGGACUUCUCUCCAUACACUCAAUCUUGGACAAUCCUUCCAAAUCUAAUCAAGGCGAUUGCUUCACGGAACAACGCUACUACGGAUUCAUUGGUUCUUGCAAUGGAUUGUUAUGCUUGGUUGAUGCACAUGCCUUCAAAUACAUGCAUGCCAUCUUGUGGAACCCCUGUACCGGAUUCACAUUCGAAUCUCCGGAAAUCAGCGGCGAAGUCCGCUUUUGUGGCUUUGGUUACGAUCAUCUCAGUGACAGUUACAAAAUUUUUGCAUCUAUAAGGACGGAAGGGCGGCCAUCUCGUUUUGAGUCUAGUACCAGAAUUUAUACAUUUGGGCCAACUUCGUCCUGGAGAAAAAUUGAUGAUAUCCCAAGUGACGACCCUUGUUGGGAUGUUAAUAGGGAAGGGGAAUUUUUUGGUAGUAGCAGAUUAUGCACUCUUAAUUGGAUUGUUAAUGACGUGGUUCUUUAUUUUGACUUGGGUAAAGAGAUUUAUGGUCAUUUUCCUCUACCUGAAGGUAAAAUAGCUUUAGAUCCUCAUUUUAAAAGGUUAACUCACUUGUGUGUCUUGAGAAACUGCCUUUCUGUUUGUUAUGAGCAUAAGAAUACAUUCAAGUGUAUUGUAUACAAGUGGAUUGUGUGGCAGAUGAAAGAAUACGGAGAUGCUCAAUCUUGGAUUAAAUUGGCAGUGAUUCCGGUCGAUGAAAAUUUCACUUAUUCAGAUCCUUUUCGUUGUUUACAACCUCUUUACAUCUCGGAAAGUGAUGUUCUUUUGGCAUUGUGUCCAUCUUUCGGCAUAGUUUUGUGUAACUUAAAUGAUGAGAGCGUAGAUUUUCGUGAAAUUGACGGCUCCGGCAUGAAGAACAAUCCUGUUUUUGAUAAAUAUGUCAAGUAUAGGAUGGCUUGUAUCUACCAUGAAAGCUUAGUUUCACCAAAUGGUCUUCAAAGCAAUUCAUCCAAAAUGCUGCGCCUCAUCAAACCCAAACCCAAGCCUGUUGACUCUUAA